AUGUUCUCCUCUCGUCUUUUUAUCUCAGUCCUGGCUCUCGCUCUUUCUGUCGCCCAGGUGAACGCUCACGCCGCCAUCGCCCCCGCCCUCGGUGUCUCUGGCAAUCCCGUCCGUAACGAUGUUCAGAGGCCUUCGACCGCCACGCCUUGUGGCACUGUCAACAUUGCCCAGAACAUCGAUACCUCGACGGCUAUUCCUCUCACCGGAAGUACUUUCCAGGCAACUGUGACAGACUUUAAUGCUGGUGCAGAUGGAUCACGGUCGGUUUCGGCUCAAGUUGAUGCGACGGGAGCUGGCAAGAGUUUCACGGCGGCUACAGUGACCACAAAUGGGAAUGCGAACCCCACCACCGUCGGCUCCGACCAAGUGACAGUACAGAUGCCCGCUGGUACCACCUGCACUGGUGGUGCUGCCGGAAACCUCUGUCUCGUGUCGUUCAAGACCACAGCCGGGUUCGGUAACUGUGUCGGUUCGUCUCUUUUUCCUACCGCUUUAGGCUUGCUCUCACAUCUAUUUCCCUACAUCUGA